AUGCCUCCAAGACUGCUAUUCCAAAGGACGGCUGCGACCCUUCUACAAAAUGAACCACCUUCUCAUGAGUUCUCAGGGCAAUGGAAAAAUCCAUCAGAUGUGUUCUCAGUUCUUCUGAUCCUGGGUGGCGAUGUGAUAAACCGGGCUUUAGCUCAGCUUGCAGGCAGCGGUAUCUGCCCUGUGGCCUUCUCAUUCGCUGAUGGGUUUUGGGAUUCAGGCUGGGUUGCAUAUGCAAUCAGCGCUGUCUCAGCUGCAGUGGGAGAGAAUAGACUAAUGCCUGAACCCGACUGCACCUGCAAAGUCAUUAAUGCGAAAAGCAGAUAUGAGCGCGAAAACACAAGCUGGAUAAUUGGACGUGUUGUCCGGGAUUUCGAAAGCUGGAGGGAUCCAGCAAUUGGGAAGGCAUUGGAUGGGAUGUUGGAGCGUAAAUGGAUUGAGAAUAAGCAACGUGCUGAGAGCGAAAAUCCUGGCUCUGGGCCCAUGACGCCGAAGCCAAGGCAGGGCGGACUUUGUGUUUCGAUUUACCAAGCAGGAGAUGCAGAACCUGGACACCAAGGAAGAGAUCUCGCCUACUGGAGCGGACUUGCUGUUGCAGUUCUGCAAUUGGCCAUCGCUGCAAUCCCUUGUGGUAUAUGGGGAGAUUGGGCCAUUAUCUUGAUCACGGCAUGUGGGAUCAUCCUGUCCUUCGCGAUGGGUUCUCUGCCGCAAUGGACGAAGGAAAAAUGGUCAUGUCGUGAACUAAAAAGAGAUAAGACGUUUGUUUUGGUCCGAGGAAAUGGAAGCCAAUAUGCCAUCGUCAUUCGAUGUCAUGGGCGGGGACUGGACCUUGAGGAUCUCGCUGCGGGUCCUUUGAAUGUCGACGUGCACACCACCACCUCGACACGAGUAACCGUUAUUGCGCUUGCCUUCCUUUGGAUUGCACUUUUAAUCACGGCUUCUGGAAUUCAAGAGAAUACAUGGUUCUUGCUCGCUGUGGGCGGACUAGGUAUCCUUCAAAAUCUCUUCGCUGCCGGUCAAGCGCGAAAUCCAGCCGCUUUUGGGAUGCCUUUGAUUUUUGAAGAAGUGGUCGUCGAGACGAAGGCUAUGAACACUCUGUAUAAAGUUGAGGAAAAGUACCCUGGCGUUGGGAGGAGUAUGGUUGAUACCUUCUUCCCUGGUCAUUUGCGACCGGAAGAGAAGAAAAUGUGGGAGAUGUAUGAGGCUGCAGCUGCCGCAUCCAAAAACACUCAGCAACCAAAACAACAACCAAAUAGCCCUAGAGUUGAUGAACACUAG